CCUGGCCGGGAUGAAGAUCUCCCGCCCCCCCAUCUCCAUCGGCCACUACAAGAUGGUGAAGCACAAGGGGGACAAAGGCAACGAGGAGAACCCCCACAGGUUCGACCUGCUGGUGCGGACCCAGCGCUCCUGGACCCAGGAUGGGAUGAACUCCCUGACCUAUUCCCUGCUGGAAAAGCGGCUCCAGCCCCUCUACACCAACCUCACCGUGGACAUUGGCACCGACCCCCGCGGCCCCCACGGAGCCCCCCCCGGCAGCUCCCGCCGCUUCCGGGAGGAGAUGCUGCGCCAGCCCCCCCGGGGGGCCCUGCCCCUGCCCCUGGCGCUGGCACGGGGGGCUCCCCCCCCCACCCAGCCUGCCCACGGCCCCCCCCGUGGCCCCCAACAGCACCCAGGGCUUGGGGACCACCCAGGACCCCCGGGGGGGCAACCAGAGCCUGGCACGGGGACCCCCUUAACCCUCCCCUUCCCGCACUGGGACCCCCAGUGUGGCCUCGCUGGAUGGACUGGGGGGAAGUGGGGGGCACUGGGAGCCCUGCCUGGUGUUGGGGGGCACCCCGGGGUGAGCCUGACCCCCCGGGGGAUGGUGGUGGUGGGGGGGUCUCUGGGGGUCCCCGAAUCGGGCGCACGCGGGUAUUUAUUCUAUUUAUGAGCCGCUCCCCUGGGCCUUUGUAAGGGGGUUGAGGGUUUUUUUUUUGUCAAUUAAAAAAGAAAAUCGCUUUGUCCUACAGCCA